AUGACGCCCACGCACAAGUCGUUGUCCCUGGCCGCCAUCGACGCGUCGGGCCUCGACGACUUCGAGGCGGGCCACAAGUUCGCGCACUACCGCUUCGGGAAGAACUGGGAAUUCCAGGAUUUUCCCGAGCACCCCUUGAACCGCGAGCUCGACUGGUACGACUACCUGGCGCACACGGAGCUCUGCACCAUGAACUACGACGCGCUGCUCCACGGCGACACGGAGAAGCUCGCGGAGAUGACGCGCGUCUUCAUGAACCUCCGGUUCCUCCAGACGCUCCGGCUGAAGACCGUGUGGAAAUCAAAUCUUCAACCCGACUUCAAUGUGAGCGUAUGCGACCGCUGA